GAGAGAGAGAGAGAGAGGAGGGAGGGAGGGGGGGAGGUGUGUGUGUGUGUGUGCGUAUUGGUAACAGUGAGUGUGUAACCUUCAUCCUGCCAACACACACACAGCAUUGAUCGUACAAACUCUCCAGGAGGUGUUGUACUACCAAGAUGUCAGCAGCGGAGGAUGAGAAGGUGGUGGAGGCGAGGAUUAAGAGGACAACAGAGGCCAUCUUUAAACCAGGGAUCAAGAUGGACCAAGUGACGGCUGGCUAUGACCGGUGGGCUGAGAACUACGAUGAGAUAAUCGGGAAGGACAAAUACAACGCGCCCAACUUGAUUUUAGACGAGGUCCUUCAGAACAUCCCAGCAUCCUCUCGAGGUUCCUGCAGAGUCCUGGACGUGGCGGCGGGGACAGGGCGUGUUGGCCAGGACCUCAGAAAGGAAGGAUUCAAGCACAUAGACGCGGUGGAGCCCUCUGCCGGGAUGAUGGAGAAGCUGAAGGCCACGGGGGCAUACACCAACACCUUCCUGGAGUAUGUGGGCACAGGGGAGUCCACAGUGCCCCGGGACACCUAUGACCUAGUGGUGAUCUCCGGCGGGAUGGGCGAAGGUCACGUGCCAGUGAGUGGAAUUGACGAGCUAGUGAGAGCCGCCAAAAAAGGAGGCCUCAUCUCCAUUGCAAUGCGUCUCAGCUUCCUGGAAAUAGUGGAAGCUUAUAAGGACAAACUGGAACCUUACAUGAACCAACUGGAAAAACAAGGGGUCUGGAAUAAGGUGGGGCGGCGCGUGGUCCAUAAUUACUAUUUCAACCAAGAUGGCGUCGUCUUCACCUACCGCAAGGCAUAAGCGAUUACAUAUUACAGAAUUACAUAGAUUACAUAGAAUUACAUAGAACAUAGAGAAUUACAUUAUAUUUUGUCAGUUUUUUUCCAUUAUUCAUAAGCGAUUAUAUAUAAUUACAGAUUACAUAUUACAGGAUUAUAUAGAUUACAUAGGAUUACAUAGACUAUGGAAAAUUACAUUACAUUUUUGUGUUUUUUUCUUUAUUUAUAGGCGAUUACAUACAAUUACAGAAUUACAUAUUGCGGGAUUACAUAGAUUUCAUAGGAUUACAUAAAUUACAUAGAGAAUUAUAUAGACUAUUGAAAAUUACAUUACAUUUUUGUCCGUUUUUUCCUUUAUUUAUAAGCGAUUAUAUACAAUUACAUACGAUUAUAUGUUAUCUAAUUACAUAAAUUACAUAGGAUUACAUAGAAUACAUAAAAAUUAUAGACUAUAAAAUAAUUACACAUUUUUGUGUUUUUUUCCUUUAUUUUGUAAGCGAUUAUAUACAGUUACAUAGGAUUAUAUAUUAUAUGAUUACAUAGAUUACAAAGGAUUACAUAGAGAGUUACAUGGACUAUAGAAAAUUACAUAA